AUGGCAAAACAACGUUUGCGGGCGGAAAUAUCUACACUGCGCGGUUCUAUGCAGUUUCUUAGUGAUAAAUAUGAUCAUGUCACCAAAAGGAUAGAAUCUGUUGAAGCGAAAAUUAAACCUUUACAAGCUGUUAAGUCUGACUGCUUGGACCUACAAAGUGUCGUCACUUCGCUUCAGGUAGAAAUAAAUAAAAAGGAACAAUGGGCACGUCGUUCAAAUAUCGAGAUUGUUGGAGUCCCGGAAACAAAGAAUGAAAACUUACUGAAUGUUAUUAGCAACAUUUCGAAGGUCGUAGAUAUUAACACUUAUGCCGAAGCGGAUAUUGAUUUUGUCACCAGAGUUAGUCCUAAGAAUAACGAUUCGAAAAAACCUAGACCGAUCGUUAUUCGCUUUUUGUGUCGUUAUAAAAAAGAUGACUUUUUGGCGAGGUUGAGAGAAAAAAAGAACAUAAUAUGCAGUGACAUAGGUUUUGUGGGUAACAGCAAUCGCAUAUACUUUAAUGACCACCUAACUAGUUCCAAUAAAAUGCUUCUUCGCAAAACAAAGGAGCUAGCUCGAGAUAAAAACUAUAGAUAUGUAUGGAUUAAGAACUGUUCGAUAAUGGCACGUAAAAAUGACACGAGUUCUGUACUGCAUAUUCAAACCGAAAAGGAUUUAAAAAAGAUAUAUUCAGUGUACCGUUGUGAUCGCGAUUAUGAAUCUCGAAAUGAAAAACUGGGAGGUGGUGUACUGAUUGCUGUGCGAAAGGGAUUGACUGUUAAGGAUGUUGUUGUCCAACCGUCUACUAAAACUUGUUCAUCGGAUGUGUCUGAAUCAAUCAUUUUGCACCCUAAAGAUCUUUAUCUUUUGGUCGGUGAUUUUAAUAUUUCAACCGCUAAUUGGUCUGUUGAUGAUACAGGCGCUACUAAACUAUCUCAUUUACAACAAGGUUCACAUGUUCAGUCCAAUAAAAUAAAGUUACCUUGUUUCAGUUUCGACGUACGCGGCAAGCAUAUAUCGGAAGCGACGCACUGGUCUGCUCCAGAAGUGUUUGGACCUCGAGCACAUUUCUCCACCUCACCGCCUCCAGCAUCACUCCUCGUCAGAGAUGUCAAGAGAAGAGAUGAAGGCGUCUACCGCUGUCGUGUCGACUUCCGCAACACACAGACCACCAGCUUUAGAUACAAUCUCACUGUUGUUGUGCCACCAGAAAAGCCAGUGGUAGUAGACCGAUGGGGUCGCGUGAUCAACGCUACCACGUUGGGGCCUCAUGAAGAAGGUGAUGACGUACUUCUCACCUGCCGCGUGCUUGGAGGUCGUCCAGAACCAUCCGUGCGGUGGCUCGUGAACGGCGUCUUAGUGGACGAAGAGUACGAACAUAACACGGGAGAUGUGAUCGAGAACAGGCUGCUGUGGCCGGCGAUACGGAGAACGGACUACGCUGCCGUGUUCACGUGUCAGGCUGCAAACUCGCAUCUAGUACCGCCGAAGGAGGUGUCGCUAGUUCUGGACAUGUUCUUGCGUCCACUGACCGUGGAAAUAAAAAAGCCUUCUGAGAUGGGCGAAGGAGGCGUCCUAACAGCGGAGCGCCGGUACGAGGUGGCGUGCGAGUCCGCCGGCAGCCGCCCGCCCGCCGCCAUCUCGUGGUACAAAGGAAAACGACAGCUGAAGAGGAUAACGGAGGAGCUCCGUGACAACCUGACGGUCAGCGUGAUGAGCUUCGUGCCCACACUGGACGACGACGGAAAACCGAUCACUUGCCGCGCUGAGAACCCAAACGUGACCUCCCUGUAUCUUGAAACAUCAUGGACUAUUAACGUUGUUUAUCCACCAGUAGUGAAGCUGAGGCUCGGCAGCUCGUUGGCGGCCGGAGACAUCAAAGAGGGUGACGAUGUUUAUUUCGAGUGCCACGUCCGGGCGAACCCUCCUGCGAGGAAACUAUCGUGGCUUCAUGACGACCGUCCGCUGGCGCACAACGCGACGGCCCGCGUGUUCCACAGCAACCAGAGUCUGGUGCUGCAGAAGGUGACGCGACACAGCAGCGGCCGCUACGCCUGCUCGGCUCUCAAUGCUGAGGGCGAGACCGUCUCCAAUGAACUGCAUUUUCGCGUUAAAUACGCGCCGUCCUGCCGCAGCGGCGGCGUGUCGGUGGUGGGCGCGGCUCGCGGUGAGUCCGUGGUGAUCGUGUGCGAGGUAGACGCCGACCCGCCCGCCGCUGUCUUCAAAUGGAAGUUCAACAACUCGGGGGAGACGCUCGACGUCGCCGCUGACAGAUACACCUCCAACGGCAGUGCUUCUAGUCUUAAGUACACGCCAGUCGCAGACCUGGACUACGGCACGCUGUCGUGCGCCGCGUCCAAUGAAGUCGGCUCGCAACUAACGCCCUGCGUCUUUCAAAUGGUCGCUGCUGGUAAACCGCACGCACCAAGAAAUUGCACGCUAUGGAACCAAACAUCGGAUUCAGUGGAAGUGUCGUGCGUGGCGGGGUUCGACGGCGGCCUGCCGCAGCACUUCCUUCUUGAAGUCUACUCCGGAGAUGACAAUAAACCCAGGGUGAACCUGACGUCCGAAGAACCUGUGUGGACUGUUCGCGGUCUGGAGUGGGACGUUCGCUUCAGACUGGUUGCAGUCGCUGUCAACAGCAAAGGUCGCUCCGCAGCUGCUCGGCUAGAUGACCUGCUCUUCCCAGACCCCGAGAAAAGAACAGCGUCAGAGAGCGCGCUAGGCGCCGGUGCCGCGGGUGCGGCGGGGGCCACAGUGGCGGGCGCGGGCGCGGCGCUAGCUCUGGCCGGGGCGGCGUGGAGGGCGGCCAGGCGUCGACGCAAGCCGCGCAAGCCGCCCGCCCCGCAGGCCGAGAAGACCGCGGAACACGAUGACGCCGAACCAGACCUCAUACCUAACAAUUACUGUGAAAUGUCAAGCGCGCCCUGCCUGGCGGUGUCCUCACCCGGGCGGACGGCGCCCACCGCGCUCACCACACCGGCGUGUAACGGGCCGGGCGCGUCGUGGACGUGGGGCGCCCGCAGCGCGACGCCGGCGACGGCGCUCGGCCGCAGUGCAUCGGCCUCCUUGCGGCCCGCACAGGACCUCAACGUCGACGCCAUCAAGGAGAAACUACUCGACAACCGGAUCCCUGAGUCUUGCGUCUAG